UUCAUUCGUUUUUGUGUUCGUCCGUCGCUUAUCAAUUGUCUGUGAAAAUUUAUUAAUUUUUCGACGUAAAAAGUGAUUAGAAAUAAAAUAAAGUAUAUAUAAUUGUCAUUUUAAACAUUCUGUGCGGUGUGGUGUACAACGCCUAAAUCACCAAAAUGAGUUUCAUGCAAACACAAAAUCGUACAAUGUCUCACAACAAUCAGUACAAUCCGCCGGAGUUGCCUCCAAUGGUUUCGUCAAAGGAACAAACCUUGAUGUGGCAACAAAAUUCUUAUCUAGUGGAUUCUGGUAUCCAUUCGGGAGCUGUAACCCAAGCCCCCUCAUUGUCCGGCAAAGAAGAUGAAGAAAUGGAGGGUGAUCCAUUGAUGUUCGAUUUGGACACGGGUUUUCCACAGAAUUUUACCCAAGAUCAGGUGGAUGAUAUGAAUCAGCAGCUAAGCCAGACACGUUCGCAACGUGUACGUGCCGCCAUGUUUCCUGAAACAUUGGAGGAGGGCAUAGAAAUACCAUCAACACAAUUUGAUCCACAACAACCGACCGCUGUGCAACGUUUGGCUGAACCAUCGCAAAUGUUAAAACAUGCUGUUGUCAAUUUAAUCAAUUAUCAAGACGAUGCUGAGUUGGCCACUCGUGCCAUACCAGAAUUGAUCAAAUUGCUUAACGAUGAAGAUCAAGUAGUUGUCUCCCAAGCAGCCAUGAUGGUACACCAAUUGUCGAAGAAAGAAGCUUCCCGUCAUGCCAUUAUGAACAGUCCCCAAAUGGUGGCAGCUCUUGUGCGUGCCAUUUCGAAUAGUAACGAUUUGGAAAGUACUAAAGCUGCCGUUGGUACUCUUCAUAAUUUGUCACAUCAUCGGCAAGGUCUCUUGGCUAUAUUCAAGAGCGGUGGUAUACCAGCUUUGGUGAAACUGUUAUCUUCUCCUGUUGAGAGUGUUCUCUUCUAUGCUAUAACCACUUUGCAUAACUUGUUAUUACAUCAAGAUGGUUCAAAAAUGGCCGUACGUUUAGCUGGCGGCCUUCAGAAGAUGGUCACUUUGUUGCAACGCAAUAAUGUCAAAUUUCUAGCCAUUGUCACAGAUUGUCUACAAAUAUUGGCCUAUGGCAAUCAAGAAAGCAAAUUAAUUAUAUUGGCUUCCGGUGGUCCCAAUGAAUUGGUGCGCAUUAUGCGUUCCUACGAUUACGAGAAGUUGUUGUGGACCACAUCGCGCGUCUUGAAAGUGUUGUCUGUUUGUUCCAGCAAUAAGCCAGCUAUUGUCGAUGCCGGCGGUAUGCAGGCAUUGGCCAUGCAUUUAUCCAAUCCCUCGCCGCGUUUAGUCCAAAACUGUCUAUGGACUCUGCGAAAUUUGUCUGAUGCCGCCACCAAGGUUGAUGGCCUUGAGGGGCUUUUGCAAUCGUUGGUUCAAGUUUUAGCUUCUACAGAUGUCAAUGUAGUCACUUGCGCCGCCGGUAUACUCUCGAAUUUGACUUGCAACAAUCAACGCAAUAAGGCUACAGUUUGCCAAGUAGGAGGCGUUGAUGCCCUGGUACGUACCAUUAUCAAUGCGGGCGAUCGUGAAGAAAUCACCGAACCAGCUGUCUGCGCUUUGCGCCAUUUGACCACACGUCAUGCCGACUCGGAAAUGGCUCAAAAUGCUGUUCGUUUGAAUUAUGGUUUGUCGGUGAUUGUAAAACUUUUGCAUCCACCAUCCCGUUGGCCUUUGAUCAAGGCAGCCAUUGGGCUAGUACGUAAUCUGGCUUUGUGUCCGGCCAAUGCGGCACCGUUAAGGGAGCAUGGAGCUAUACAUCACUUGGUUCGACUCUUGAUGCGUGCUUUCCAAGACACAGAACGUCAACGUUCUUCUGUUGCCACAACAGGCUCCCAACAACCUUCGGCAUACGCUGAUGGUGUCCGUAUGGAGGAAAUUGUUGAAGGCACAGUUGGCGCCUUGCAUAUUCUGGCCAGAGAGUCACAUAAUCGUGCAUUGAUACGCCAACAAUCGGUAAUACCGAUAUUUGUUCGUUUACUCUUCAAUGAGAUAGAAAAUAUACAGCGUGUGGCUGCUGGCGUUCUUUGUGAACUGGCAGCUGACAAAGAAGGCGCUGAAAUAAUCGAACAAGAAGGUGCCACUGGGCCCUUAACAGAUUUAUUACACUCACGCAACGAGGGUGUUGCCACCUAUGCUGCAGCCGUAUUAUUCCGCAUGAGCGAAGACAAACCGCAAGAUUACAAGAAGCGUCUAUCCAUAGAGUUAACGAAUUCGCUAUUACGCGAAGAUAAUAAUAUAUGGGGAAAUGCAGACUUAGGCUUGGGUCCAGAUUUACAGACUACAAUGGGAUGGUAUGUCUAAAUAUGGCUAAUCUCUCCAAACCAUAUUGCCAACAUCCAAUGAGCCAACAUCCAAAUUUGGCCCAAUAUUAAGGGCAAACAAUCUAAACAAGUCACUGUGCAAUAAAGGUCAAAUGGAAAUCAUGUAUAUUUUUUAUUCAACGAUCACAAAAUUUUCCAAUGGAAAUGUACAAGGGCAGCAGCAGGUCUUCUCUUAAAUGUUAAGUUAAAAUACCAUUCCAUAACUUGAUCAUGACGAUAGUGAGCGAUCAUAUGAAUUAGGAGAAUUCAUCGAUCAAAGCUAUGGUACGCUAUGCUGCGCGUUUAUACCUAGUAUAAGAGGAGAAUGGAAGCAAAACCAAGACAACAAAAACAUUUUAUCGAAUUUAUUAAAACAAAAAUAAACCAAAUAAAAAACAAUUUUAAUGGUUUAAUAUUAUGAAAGUCAAAAAAAUUUAAACAAACACACAUGCAAAAGAAACAAAGAAAAAAAUCAUUACAGAAAAAUUAAGUAAAGUUUUUAAAUGUUAAUUAAAAAAAAUAUACGGACUAUACAUUGUGGAGCAUACAAACAAAUCGAACAAUUAUAUAUACAUUCAUAUAUAUAAAAUAAAUAAUAUAUAUAUGUUUUAAAUACAACAUUAAAAGUCCCAUACAUGAAAAUGAUGAUGAAUUAAUUGCAAUACUAAAUUAAAAAAAACCAACAGACGUAUCACAUAAAAGAACUCAUAACACAUUUAAGAUUAAAGAAUAUUGCAUAAAAACAAAACUUGUAUCAACUGAAAGUAUCAAUAAAAUGAGAUUACGGAAAAAUAAAA